AAAACGGCGCAAAUUGACGUCGUCCCUGACUUGCUCGCUCACAGGCUUACAGCACUAGGUUUUUCUCUCGGAGUAAAAGUCCCGGCGAAAGAGCAGUGACGAUGAGUAGGAGCUUGGGGAUCCCGGUGAAGCUUCUCCAUGAGGCGACGGGGCACAUUGUGACGGUGGAGAUGAAGAGCGGCGAGCUCUACAGAGGAAGCAUGGUGGAGUGCGAGGACAACUGGAAUUGCCAGCUCGAGAGCAUCACUUACACAGCUAAAGAUGGAAGAGUUUCACAACUUGAGCAUGUUUUUAUUCGAGGCAGCAAAGUCAGGUUCAUGAUAAUUCCUGAUAUGCUUAAGAAUGCUCCUAUGUUCAAGCGUCUAGAAGCUAAAAUCAAGGGCAAAGGUACAUCACUUGGAGUUGGACGGGGACGUGCUAUUGCUAUGCGGGCCAAAGCACAGGCCGCAGGUCGUGGGGCUGCACCUGGCAGAGGUGUUGUGCCACCUGUAAGGAGGUGAUCGCACUAAAGUGGAUUUGAUUUGCUCUGUUUUUAGUGUUGUGUAUCUACUGUAAACUUUGUGCUGGAAUUAACUGAGUUUUAUUGUUAUGUGAACAUAAAAAUGUUAGAUAUACAGUUCUAACUAAUUUUCUAGUUCUAGUAACAAUUGAGAUAUCUGGUGUGUGAUUUUUUGGAUUCCUCAACCUUGACUUUUAAACAUGUAGGUUUCAUUCCAUUUGCAAACAUCUUACAUUUGCCCUCUUGUUAUUCCA